GGCAGGGGGCGCGCCUCGCUCCGGCCCCCGGCGGGAGCGCGCAGGCGCGGCGCGGUGCUGUGGGUGCGGGGAUGCUGCUGGUGCUGUCGGCGGAGCAGCGGGCGCACCUGGGCUGUUUGCCGCGGGCGGGCGCCGCAGCCGUCGGCGAGCUGGGGCGCCUGGCGGUGGAGCUUCUGCGGCGGGGCGCGGCGCCGCGGGCCUGCGAGGCAGCCGCCAGAAAACUGAACGUUGGAGUUGACACUGUUCAGCGUGUGGUAGAGGGACUAACAUACCUUCUUACUGAAAGCUGCAAGCUCAUGAUUUCAGAGAUAGACUUCCAAGAUUCCAUUCACGUGCUGGGAUUCUCUGAUGAAUUGAAUAAAUCACUGCUGCAGCUGUACCUUGACAACAGGAGAGAGAUCAGAAGCAUUCUUGGUGAGCUGGCCCCAAAGCUCCCCAGCUACCACAGUCUUGAAUGGAGACUGGAUGUGCAGCUUGCAAGCAGAAGUUUGAGACAACAGAUUAAGCCUGCUGUGACUCUAAAGCUGCAUCUUAAUCAGAACGAAGAUUACACUGCCCAGGUGUUGCAAACUGACCCUUCUACCCUCCUCCACCUAAUUCAGCAGCUGGAACAAGCAUUGGGGGAAAUGAAGACAAACCAUUGCAGAAGAAUAGUGCGCAACAUGAAAUAGUAUUGAUUCGUGGCUGUUGUGAAGCAACUAAAAACAAUGUUCACAAACACGUUUUAAGGAAAAAUAAACAUCUGGAUCAGAUGAAAUACUCUCCUGUGCCAGGAUCUCAAGCUAGUAAUUGAUUACAGGCUGAAUGUCCUGUGAUGCUACUUAUGCACCUGCCUGAUAUGGUAGUUGGUUUUGAUUUGCUUGCAAAUGCAGACAUUCACCAUGCUAUGCUGAGAAUUUCUUUAGCUCCAAGUUAGAAUAGUUCUACUUGAAGAGCUUUCCUACAUUAAGUAGAGCUGUCUCAAUAUUGUAUGGUGCUGCAUAUUUAUUUUUAUGUUUAUCAAGUAGUUUCUUCCCUUAGUUUUGCUUCUCUUUUGAAAAUAGAAAAAAAAACCACGAAAAACACCCUAUACUGGUGGGAAUGAUACUUUACAGGAAUGUUUCUUCCAUUCAUACUUGUGUAUGUGUAAGGGCACAUGUCAGGCUGCUGCCCUCUUCCUCCAAAGGAUUCGGUCAGUGCAGAGGCUGGGUGUUGUGGUGCUUUUCUACCCUUCUUAUGCAGUGAAAGAAAGUAUAAUGAAGCUAACACUGCCAUUUUAGUGCAGCUAGCUAUAACCCCCACGAGGCAGUCUUGUGCUUUCUGCAGGGAGCAAUUGCUGUGGAAAACCCAGUGGCCUAAGCCUGAGUUAGCAUACUGAUUAUAUGUAAAGGUGAUCUGAAAAAUUGCAGAAGUAAAACCGUGGGCUAGGAGGAAGAUUAAGAACAGUGCUAACUUCUGCUAAAUCUGAUCUUGAUGUUGUGAUGCAACAAUUUUUAUUCCCAUUCAGAUGAUGUGCUCAUAAAGGAAAGACUAGCCAAGUGUUGCAACAUAAAUGAUGCUUUUCUGUGUCUUACAAAGGUUAUGUCAGAAGUCUCUUCCCAAUUGUAUUCUAAUGCAAUAUUUUGUAGCUUUCAUGACUAAGGUUAAAUAGUUUUACUAAUGUUCUACCAUCACUAGUGGAGAGGGUGCGUUGUAAAGCCCUUGAAGUGUAUUGGAGAGGCAAGAGAGAACCAUAACACCUACAGAUCUGGCAGUAACUGUAUUAGCUGUUUUUCACGGCAGCACCAUAAAUUUUGGUAUUAGUUGGGUCUCUACAUUCACAAAUGCAUUAUUUUCUUACUCUUAUGAAUCUUUGUAUCUUUGAGAAGGUACCAUUUUGAAUGAAACCUGCAUGGAAGAAGUGCUUUAAUCAGUAACGCUUAAUACCACUUUUAAAAAGUUAGUUUUCUGGAAUGUGGAGUUGCUUAUUCUGUAAUUGGUCUAUAUAGUGUGGUAAUGGUGUGAAUAAACUUGAUUUCUUCUUCCA